AUGCGUUAUGUCUAUGUAGCGCAUGGAUUAGAGAGAAAACAAAUAAGAGAAACUUACAAAACUGGUCAAUCUCAAAAUCAUUCUUUUACUAUAAGCAACAAAAUAAUUGGAAUGAUGGGUAACCGAUUUGAAUCAGUAGAAUCACCUUAUGAUUGUGAUGGCGAUUUUCCUAGUACAUCUGCAGUUAUAAAUAAAAGUUAUACUCCAGUUUAUACUGAUGAUCAAUGUGUUGAAAUUUUUGAUGAAUGUACUCCAGUAGAAUAUUCUUAUUUGGGCCCUAAUGAUAUGGAAGUAAAUGCUUUAGAACCAAUAUCUCUUAAAUUUGAUGAUGUGGUAGAAGAUCAACACGUAGCAUAUGGUAAAAAUUGUUAUUAAAAUUUAUAAAACACAUUUUAUACAAGUGUUUAAUUUUGUUUAGAAAACAUAACUAGUCACAAGCUGUCAACACAAAAAGCAAUCGAAACUUCAACGCCACGAGAAAAAUUGCCCAAGAGUUCAACAACGCGUGUACCUCCCAAGAAGGUAUAUAAAAAUUUAAAUGAACUUACUAACAAGCAAUUAAGUUCAUAUAAUUUAAAGGAAUCAUUUAUAAAUGACAACAACAAUCUUAAAAGAAAACAGUCUGAUAUAAAGCUAGAAAUUUUAGAAGUUGAAAAAAUUGUGGCAAUUGAAAAACUAAAGGGAGAAAGAGACAAUUAUAUUUCCCAAGCCAAGCAAAACAAGCUAAAAGAAGAGAUUUUAGAAUACGAAUUGAAAAAAAAAUUAAAACAAUUAUAAGAAUUAUUAUUAUUUAUUUAUAGUUACAUUUAUAAAACAAAAGGAAUUAUGAUUUUAUUUUAAUUUUAAUCAAAAGAUAUUUGACUGUUAUUAUAUAUUUUUUUUUACAUUUUUAUUUCAUUUUUUUUUUUAAUAAGGAUUUAUUGUUAUAUCAUUUUUAUGUUAAAAAUAAAAA